CUGAGCAGGUGUGUUACUGUUUACAGGUGAACUGACAAGUCUCCAGCGAGAUCGACAGAUCAGUGGCCAGCAUCUUUUCUCUGGCAUUAGACUAUUCAAUCGCUAUGUCAGAAGCUGAAGAAGCAUAGCUCCGACACCUCACCACUGGAGUUUAAUGCACAGGUCGUGUGUCUCGAUCUGGGACUAGAGUUGAAGGUUGUGAUUGGUGAGCACGGUGAGCUAAAGUGCUCCGCCACGGUUGCCUUGACGAACCCCCUGCAGAGAUGGCAAGCUGAAAGUGCUUGAAGACCCGGGUGUCCUCCGUCUCUCUCCUUCUGGUCCUGUCUUUCAGCCCAUUCCCUGCUUUGGUAUUCAUAUCUUCAAGUGCUAUUUACGCAUUUUCUCUUGGGUGCAACUGGACAAUCGCUUCAUUAUGGGGAAACCUGAUGCUCUGCCUGUUCCCGGCAUCGCCGGCAGCAGCUCCGACACCGAUGCGGUGUCACUCCACACCCAACCUGGCGACAGGGCGUUUGCCGACGUGCCGGAGCUGCAACCCGACGAUCUACCGCCUCUGUACUCGGAUAUUGAGCCAGAUAGCAACGCCGAUGCUCCGCUCCUUCGUCCCCUUGUUUACGGCACCUCCUACGUCCUCGAAGACUUGGACAACGGGCUUGGCUGGCACACGGUGGACGCCAAUACUGGCGCAGAGUGCUUCAUGAACCCGCACCUUGAUGAGGAUCCCCAAGUGCUUGAGAGGCAGAUCAAGUUGUCGGCAGAGAAGCCGCCCCGCCCUUCCGUCCGCAUCGUGGGGACCCAUAGCCAGAUGGUCAAUGAGAACGGGAAGCGGGAAAAGAAAACCAUCACCGACUUUGAUGUCUCGGUCGACCUGACGCCCUACCUCUUCUCAGACGCCACAAGACGCGUGUCAUGGAAGCAGCUGCGCACGGUUGAUAACAACGAGAAGACGCGGCGUGGCACCAUCCUCCGGAAACGGGCACCGGGCGUCAAGCGAGACAUUGAGAUCACCGACACGAAACCGACGCUGGCGGAGUGGUGCCACCGGUACUGCGCCAGCCAUGCCGGGGUGAAGUGCUUUGUGCUGCAGCGGCGCGUAGUGGGAUUUGACGAGAACAGGCUGAAGGAAAAGCUCAUGGAACUGGUCCGCAGCACCAACUACCGCGGCAACGUCUCCAUCACCUUUCCAGUCAAGGACGACCGUGUCUUCGUGUACAACAGCUGCAAGAUCAACAAGUGGCGGGUGACGCCGUGGAUCGUCUGGCUGUUCUAUCUGACAUUUCUGUGGCUGUUCUCGUGGCCCUACCUCUUCUUCCGAACGAAGAUGUUCGAGGUCGCGGUUGCAGAGUGGCCUUUCUCGGUGACCGAGGGAAAUGGCAGAAAGCGGUAUGUCAGCAUGUCUGAAGAGCAUGUCUACAAUCUCUGGGGGCAAGCUAUUAGUCGGGCGGUACUGGCCAAGCGUCAGGGCACGCUUGACGCUGAGGAUCUGGUUGCUUCCCAGACUGCCCCUGCUGAACCGCUGGGCAAUCUUCUGGAGGGCGCGCCGAGGUUCCUCAGAGAGGGCAUCAACGCUAUCACUUCGGUGAAUCGCUCAUUCGGCUGGGGUGCGGAUUCGUGUUGA